GUGCCUCUGCCUUUGAAAUGGGGGAUGCCAGAGAGGUCAAGGGUCCUGGGGCUGUUUUUGUUUGCCAGGGUGUCUGUUAACUAGAGCUGGUGUGACCAAAUGAGAAAGUGAAACUAUAGGAAGGACUGAGAAGCCCUCUUCCCUUUUUUCGGCAGAGUGGAAAGCCCCGGCCCUCAGCCCACCCAAACCAUUUGACAAGCAGGACAGCGAAGAGGCGGAAGCAUCUGGGAGGACAAGGGCCAUGGAGAAGUUUCGGGCGGUGCUGGACCUACACCUCAAGCACCACAGCGCGCUGGGCUACGGCCUGGUGACCCUGCUGACCGCGGGCGGGGAGCGCAUCUUCUCCACCGUGGUGUUCCAGUGCCCGUGCAGCGCUACCUGGAACCUUCCCUACGGCCUGGUCUUCUUGCUGGUGCCGGCGCUCGCGCUCUUCCUCUUGGGCUACAUGCUGAGCGCGCGCACGUGGCGCCUGCUCACCGGAUGCUGCGCGCCCAGCGCCCGCGGGUGUUGUCGGUCGGGGCUGCGCGGCUACCUGGUGUGCGCGCAACUCAGCGCGGCCGCCGCGCUCGCGCCCCUCACCUGGGUGGCCGUGGCGCUGCUCGGAGGCGCCUUUUACGAGUGCGCCGCCAGCGGGAGCGCGGCCUUCGCUCAGCGCUUGUGCCGUGGCCGCCCCUCCAGCUGCGUCGACGAGCUGCCGCUGGUGCCCUGCCACCAGGCCAAGGCGUCCGAGGUGCAGGACCUCCUGAAGGAUCUGAAGGCUCAGUCGCAGGUAUUGGGCUGGAUCUUGAUAGCUCUUGUUAUCAUCGUCCUUCUGAUUUUUACAUCUGUCAGCCGAUGCCUAUCUCCAGUUAGUUUUCUGCAGCUGAAAUUCUGGAAAAUCUAUUUGGAACAGGAGCAGCAGAUCCUUAAAAGUAAAGCCACAGAGCAUGCAACUGAAUUGGCAAAAGAGAAUGUUAAAUGUUUCUUUGAGGGCUCACGUCCAAAAGAAUACAACACUCCAAGCAUUAAAGAGUGGCAGCAAAUUUCAUCACUGUAUACUUUCAACCUGAAGGACCAGUACUACAGCUUGUUGCACAAAUAUGUUAACAGAAAAGAGAAGACUCACAGUAUCAGGUCUACUGAAGGAGAUACAGUGAUUCCUAUUCUUGGCUUUGUAGAUUCAACUGGUAUAAAUAGCACUCCUGAGCUAUGACCUUUUGAAUGAAUAGGAAAAAAAAAAUUGAAUUACUGCUUCAUUAAAAAAUAAAAAUUGGUAUUUUUA